UUAGGGUUCGCUAUAUUUAGAUUUUUUAAAAAGUGUACCAAAAAAAGCAAAUUUCACUUCCAACUAUUAAUAUUCCAUGCCGCCUUUUACGCUCCGCGUCUCAUUUCUGGAGUGAAAAUAGGGUCCAAAAAUGGUGAAAGAAGAGGUUGAGAGGGUGACAAAAAACAGGAAAGAUAAUCAGAGACAUUAUAGAAGAAGAAAACGAAUCACGGAGAGAUGACGGUUAUUAAUAUUAUCUUCAGAGUCGAAGAGAUUUGCAAGAAGUACGACAAGUACGACGUCGACAAGCAGCGCGAGCUCGGCGCGUCCGGCGACGAUGCCUUCUCCCGACUCUUCAACUCCAUUGAUACCGAUAUUGAAUCGGUUGUACAUAAAGCGGAGUUGGCAUCAACAGAGACCAAUAGAGCUGCAGCUGUGGCCUUGAAUGCUGAGGUUCGAAGGACGAAAGCGCGUUUAGCUGAAGAUGUUGUUAAACUGCAGAAACUGGCCGUUAAAAAGGUGAAAGGGCUAACAAAAGAGGAACGAGAGUCCCGAUGUGAUUUAGUUAUCGCGCUAGCCGAUAGGAUUCAAGUGAUACCUGACGGACAUGAAAGACAAGCUAAUAAUGAAUGGGGAGGUGCUUCUGCCCCUAACAAGAACAUCAAGUUUGAUAUAUCUGAGGAAGACAUGGAUGAUGGGUUCUUCCAGCAAACUGAAGAAUCCAGCCAGUUUCGACAAGAAUAUGAAAUGAGAAGAAAGAAGCAGGACGAGGGCCUUGAUGUUAUAUCAGAAGGUUUGGACGCACUGAAGAACUUAGCACGUGACAUGAACGAGGAACUUGACAAGCAAGUCCCAUUGAUGGAUGAAAUGGAAACAAAGGUUGAUGGAGCAACUUCGGAUUUGAAGAACACCAAUGUUCGGCUCAAGCAACAGCUUGUAAAGAUGAGAUCGAGCCGCAACUUCUGCAUCGACAUUAUUCUUCUCUGUGUGGUCCUUGGAAUCAUCUCUUACAUCUAUAAUGCUCUGAACUAAAGUUGGUGACGGCAUCUACCGACAUUCUCAUUGCCAUUGUGAAGCCUAUGGUAACUUCUUAACCAAAGUAAUAAUAGUCAUUUCUUGGAGAGCAAGGAAACAAGUUUUUUUUCACAAGCUUUUACCAUAUGUAUACAGUUUUAAGGAAUUAUUCUUGGCAAAAAAUAAAUAUAUAUUUACACAAGUUCGCUGCUGUAAUUGUGUUUGUUUUGUUGGGCGAUUUAUUUUUGUUGAAUCAGAAUGUUUUAGCGUUUCCAUGUGUCAUGAAUUUGUAAGAGAAUGGAAGUAAACGUUUGUGGACAUUGCAUAGUGGAAAAGUCUUUUUUUUUUAUAGUUGAAAAGUGAUGAUUGGAAGCCAGUUACAAAAAAAAAAAAGUAAUGAUUGGAAAAAUGAUUUUACCUACUUAUAGCUUUUUUGUUUGACCAAAAAAGUUUAGAGUUUACUAAAACCUAAUGAUCUGGAAAUCUUAUGAAACAUUUCCUAAUUUAAAUAUAUAAGUUUUUGGAGAAACACAACUAUUUUUUUAUAGAAAAAACAAACUAAAUUAAGAAAAAUCACAAAAAUAAAAGAGAGAUAAAGAAAAAAGUUUGAAACCAAAAUAAAAAUGAAUA